CUGGAAGAAAUAAAUUAAUGAUCAAAGAUUGUAUGAGUAAAUUUUGAGAGAGAUAUCUUGAGAUCUUUGGGAAAUGGCGGCGGCGGACGGGAGCGAAUACUUCGACGUAAUAGUAGAAGCACAAGGUGAUGGUUUCUCGAGGCCGUCGAACGCGGAGUUUGUGGAGCAGGAUGAAGAGGAGCUCGUGUGGGCGGCGCUUGAGAGGUUGCCGACGCACAAGCGCUCCAACUUCGCCCUGUUGAGGCGUACGCCCUCCGAAACUACUGAUUCCGCUGAGCCGAGGAGUGAGACCGUCGACGUUAGGAAACUCGAUCGCCUCAAUCGCGAACUCGUGGUCAAACGCGCCUUGGCUACCUCCGACCAGGAUAACUAUAAACUCCUCGCCGCCGUUAAAGAACGCCUCGAUAGAGUGGGAAUUGAGAUACCAAAAGUUGAGGUUCGCUUCCAGGACCUUAACAUCACAGCAAACGUGCAAGUAGGGUCUAGAGCGUUGCCAACUUUGGUGAAUUUCAGUCGUGAUAUCGUCGAGCAAGUUUUAACCAAGCUGAAGAUUUUUCGGCCGAAGAGAUAUUGUCUUACCAUUUUGAAUAAUCUCAAUGGUGUUGUAAAGCCUGGGAGGAUGACAUUGCUUUUGGGACCUCCAGGUUCUGGAAAGUCCACACUACUACGAGCUCUUGCAGGAAAAAUUGAUGAGGGAUUGAAGAAAAGUGGGAACAUAUCAUAUAAUGGUCAAAAGCUUGAGGAAUUUUGCAUUCAAAGGACUUCGGCUUACAUUAGUCAGACAGAUAAUCACAUUGCCGAGUUGACUGUGAGGGAAACAUUGGAUUUUGCAGCUAGAUGCCAAGGUGCAAGUGAAGGUUUUGCAGAAUAUAUGAAAGAUCUUACUCGUCUAGAGAAGGAGAGGAAUAUACGUCCUAUUCCUGAGAUUGACGCAUUUAUGAAGGCAUCAUCUGUUGGUGGUACUAAGCACAGUGUAUCCACCGAAUACUACCUGAAAAUUCUUGGUCUUGAUGCUUGUUCAGAUACUCUGGUUGGUAAUGAAAUGCUUAGGGGCAUUUCAGGUGGUCAAAGAAAGAGAGUCACUACAGGAGAAAUGGUGGUUGGCCCCAGGAAAACAUUAUUCAUGGAUGAAAUAUCCACUGGACUCGAUAGCUCCACAACCUACCAAAUUGUCAAAUGCUUGAGGAAUUUUGUUCAUUUAAUGGAAGGAACAAUUUUAAUGGCUUUACUUCAGCCUGCACCUGAGACUUUUGAUCUAUUUGAUGAUCUGAUUGUAAUAUCCGAAGGAUAUAUUGUGUAUCAAGGCCCUCGGGCAGAUGUUGUGGAUUUCUUUGAGUCUCUAGGCUUUCGACUCCCACCUCGUAAGGGUGUAGCGGACUUUCUUCAAGAGGUGACCUCGCGAAAGGAUCAGGCUCAAUACUGGGCUGAUAGGUCAAAACCUUAUGUAUUCAUUCCUGUUCCAAAAAUUGUUGAGGCUUUUCAAAAUUCCAGAUAUGGUCAGGAUUUGGCAGCUAAUAUUUCAGCUUCAUAUGAUAAAUCCAAUGCUCACCCUUCAGCUUUGUCUAAAUCCAAGUAUGCUGUGUCCAUAUGGGAGCUCUUUAAAGCAUGUUUUGCUAGGGAAUUACUUCUAAUUAGCAGACAUCGUUUUCUCUACAUCUUUAGGACAUGCCAGGUUGCAUUUGUAGGAUUUGUCACGUGUACAAUGUUCCUGCGAACACGACUGCAUCCAACAGAUUUGACAAAUGGAAAUCUCUAUCUGGCUUGUUUAUUUUUUGGCCUAGUGCAUAUGAUGUUCAACGGGCUCUCAGAGCUUCCUAUUAUGAUUUUUCGACUUCCAGUAUUUUACAAGCAGAGAGAUAAUUUCUUCCAUCCUGCAUGGGCCUGGUCCGUCUCUAGUUGGAUUACACGUGUACCCUACUCUGUUAUUGAAGCUGCAGUGUGGUCUUGUGUUGUAUACUACAGUGUUGGAUUUGCACCCAGUCCUGGGAGAUUUUUCCGGUAUAUGCUUCUACUAUUUUCUAUGCAUCAAAUGGCUCUGGCUCUCUUCCGAAUGAUUGCAUCUGUUUCACGAGAUAUAACUAUCUCCAGUACAUUUGGAUCAGCAGCACUACUAGUUAUAUUCUUGCUGGGAGGAUUUAUUAUGCCGAAGGAAAUGAUUAAGCCAUGGUGGGUCUGGGCCUUUUGGGUGUCUCCAUUGUCCUAUGGGCAGCGUGCAAUUUCUGUUAAUGAAUUUACUGCAACAAGAUGGAUGGAGAAAACAACUUCUGGAAAUAUUUCCCUAGGGUACAGCAUUCUCCAAUCACACAGUCUACCCAGUGCUGGUUACUGGUAUUGGCUAGGUUUUGGGGUCUUAUUAGUUUACACUCUGCUUCUCAAUAUUGCAGGGACAAUGGCCUUGACUUUUCUUAAUCCUAUCAGGAAAUCUCAAGCAACCAUUCCACCAGAGGUCACGCAGGAAAACAGAGUUGAGAAUGGAAGCGUAGCAAAUUCUGAAUCAGAUACCAUUCCUUCUAGGCUUGGGCGUAGAAAGAAGGGAAUGAUUCUCCCAUUUCAACCUUUAAUAAUGAGUUUCCACAAUGUCAACUAUUUUGUUGACAUGCCAAAGGAAAUGAGUUCACAAGGUAUCACAGAAAAGAGGUUGCAAUUGCUGUCAAAUGUUAGCGGACUAUUUUCACCAGGAGUGCUUACAGCAUUAGUUGGGUCAAGUGGUGCGGGUAAGACCACAUUGAUGGAUGUCCUUGCUGGAAGGAAGACUGGUGGGUACAUUGAAGGUGACAUCAGGAUAUCUGGUCAUCCAAAAGAACAGAAGACUUUUGCAAGGAUUGCAGGAUAUGUCGAACAAAAUGACAUACAUUCUCCACAAGUGACAGUUUUUGAGUCGCUCUGGUUUUCUUCAUUUCUACGACUGCCAAAGGAAGUAGACAAAAAACAAAGAAAGGAAUUUGUUGAAGAAGUGAUGGAACUAGUCGAGCUAGACUCUCUAAGGCAUGCUCUGGUAGGGUUGCCAGGCAGUACUGGCUUGUCGACAGAACAAAGAAAACGUUUAACAAUUGCAGUGGAGCUUGUUGCAAAUCCUUCAAUUAUAUUUAUGGAUGAACCUACCUCGGGGCUUGAUGCACGAGCAGCUGCCAUUGUGAUGCGAACUGUGCGUAACACUGUUGACACAGGAAGAACAGUAGUCUGUACCAUCCAUCAGCCGAGUAUUGAAAUUUUUGAAGCAUUUGACGAGUUACUUCUGAUGAAACGAGGGGGACGAGUAAUAUAUGGGGGAAAGCUAGGAGAGAAGUCUCAAAUUAUGAUUGAUUACUUUCAGAGCAUCCCUAGUAUUCCCCCAAUUCCUAGUAGUUAUAACCCUGCGACUUGGAUGCUUGAAAUAAGUACACCUGCUGCUGAAGAAAGGAUCGGUGAAGACUUUGCAGUCAUAUAUAGAAAUUCCAAUCAAUAUAGGGAAGUGGAAGCUUCCAUUCAGCGGGCAAGUGUUCCACCUGUUGGCUCACAACCGUUGAAGUUUGCAUCCACAUUUGCUCAAGAUGCAUUCUCUCAGUUUAGAACAUGCUUCUGGAAGCAAAAUCUAGUCUACUGGAGGACCCCAUCAUACAAUGCUGUGAGGCUGUUUUUUACUACAAUGAGUGCUAUUAUAAUUGGCACUAUAUUUUGGGACAUCGGCACAAAAAGGGACUCCAUACAAAACUUAUUUGUUGUAAUGGGAGCUCUAUAUGCUUCUGCCAUGUUCCUUGGGGUUAAUAACUCAUCUUCUGUACAACCAAUUGUUUCAAUUGAGAGGACAGUAUUCUAUAGAGAGCGAGCUGCAGGAAUGUAUGGCCCAUAUCCUUAUGCCGCAGCACAGGGUCUUGUGGAGAUCCCAUAUGUUGCAGUGCAGGCAUUGAUAUACUGUGUUAUUACGUACUUCAUGAUCAACUUUGAAAGGACAUUAGGCAAAUUUUUCCUCUAUCUGGUGUUCAAUUUUCUCACGUUCAUGUACUUUACCUUCUAUGGCAUGAUGGCUGUGGGUCUAACACCCAAUCAGCACUUGGCUGCUGUUAUCUCUUCAGCAUUCUACUCAUUGUGGAAUCUCCUCUCCGGCUUUUUAGUACCUAAACCGAGCAUCCCUGGAUGGUGGAUAUGGUUCUAUUAUAUCUGCCCAAUUGCGUGGACAUUGCGGGGCAUCAUCACCUCCCAACUUGGAGACGUGGAAACCAAAAUUGUAGGGCCUGGAUUUGAGGGCUCUGUAAAAGAGUAUAUUGAGGUUACUUUUGGCUAUGGCCCAGGGAUGACUGGAGUUUCAGUUGCUGUACUUCUUGGCUUCAGUGUUCUAUUUUUUGGCAUCUUUGCAAUCUCUGUCAAAGUCCUCAAUUUCCAGAAAAGAUGAAGGAAGUUGCUGAUAUUAGAAUUGUUGUGACAGUAAUGCAUUCAUUGGAAGUCAGGAAGACAUUUGCGUCAAUGGCGUUGCUGAGUUGCUGAACUGUGUGGAGCUGGAAAGCAGCAUCAUGACAAAGCCUACAGAUUUCUUGAUAAAACAAAUUUACUACGCUACAUGCUUGAUGGAUACAAGGAAAGUACAGCAGCAACCUUUCCCUUUGGCCAUGUAUUUUGCGUCCGCUGACAGAUUGUGCAAGGUCCUCCUCAGCUUUGUUGUGCUGGUGAUUGUUUUUUUCGACAUAAACAGGAGGAAGACACUUGACACGCACACAUACCCAAGAAAAAGGGGAUGAAGAAAAGAGCAAGACAUUAAUUUGGAAAGGCAGCUAGAUAAACAAUUUUCUUUUAUUCUUGGGUAAAAUACCAAAAACUCCUUGUGGUUUGCUAAAUAUUCAUUUUAACUCUCUCUGAUUUGAAAACCUACAUUAUAACUUCAUGUGGUUUCAACUAAAUUGAAAAUUGAAUGGAAAGCAUUUAAUCUAACGGUUAUAUGCGAAA